AUGCUGCCCGCUGGCGAGCCUGUCAGCAGCAAGUUGCAGGGUGAAGGAGAGCCCAGGGCAGUGCCGGAGGCACAGCCUGGGGAGGCGCCCACGCCCGAGCACAAGCAGGCCAUUGCCGACCUCCAUGAGCCGCCCGCCGACCUUCCCAAAGGUGGGCCGAGCAGCAUGGGCGCCAACGUCGGCCCGCCAGGCACCAGAGUGCUGAUCGCAGGCUAUGCUGGCACCACAGCCGACAGCAUCGCAGGCAGCGGCCGCGGUACCGGCGCCCGGCCCCUGGGAGGCAGCAAGACGGGCAGCGCCAGCUGA